GCUCGCUGCCCGGUGUGAGUAGACGGAUGCACGUGAAUCACCGUGAUGGCAAGCAGCUCUGAUGUUCUGAAGAAAGUAACGCGAUACAAACUUCAGCUGACAGACACAGCAGAGUCUGCUACGGUUGUAAAGAUUUUGCAGAAACUCAAAGAUCUGGAUAUAACAUUAGAAAUACUUGCUGAAACUGGAAUUGGCAAAACAGUUAACUCUUUCCGGAGACAUAAGCAGGGGGGAGAAUUGGCCAAGUCACUAGUUAGGGGUUGGAAAAGCUUGGUCCCCAAGGAAUCUACAAGGCACACAGAAGAUGGGAUUUGCGAGAGUUUGCAGACUAAAGACCAAAAUAAUGGAAGUUUGACUAAGGAAGAUUUAAACAAUAAUUCCUUAACAUCUUACAGUAAGAGUUCAUUGGAUGAGGCCCUCUUCAAAACAAGUAGUAAAAAAGCUGAUACAGAGAAACAAUCUAAGGAACAGAAAAGAUACAAGGACCAGGAUGAAAAAAGUCAAGAAACCAAGGACAUUGUUCAAAAUGAUGUCUUUAAAAAGUACAUUAAAAUCAAAGAGGAUCAAAUUGACAAUUCUGUUGUCUCCAAAAGGAAUACAAGGGAUGAGAGCAACCGAAAAUCAGGAGACACUGUAACUCUGCCACUAAACAGAAACUCAGAGGACACUCAUCGGAAACCAAGUUCAGAAAAAAAAUCAAAUAAGCACCAAAAAGAAUCACCCAAACAAGCCAAAACAUCUUUUUCAUUUAAAUCCAUUGAAAAACACUCAGAAACCUUAAAGCUAAAUAGUAUCAAACAUGAAAGCUUUCCAGAAAUAUCUAGGAGCUCAGAGGGCCAAAACAAAAAAAUACAAAAACCAAGUAAAGAGAUGCAGGACAUUCUGAAACACAAAACUGAAAAAAUAGGUCAUUCAAAAAACAAAAAAGCCAAAAUGGAGCUCAACGAUCAGCACAGUGGCUGUGAAGAACCAUCCUUGUCUUUUGAAUCUUUGUUGAACUAUGACGGGAAUGUUUCCAAGAGAAAAAAAAAAUCUGGAGUGAAGAAAGCUUCAAAGACAAUCAAGACUGUUGUAAAAGCAACACAAGGUCCUGGAAUAGAAUCUAACAGGUCACCUGUGAUGUCCAUAAAUAUUACCUCACCAACAAAGAAGUUUAAGGAGUCUGUAAUGGAACUUAUUCCAUUCACCAUUCCUUUACCUGAUUUGCUGAUGGAAAGUGAAAACCCAUUCACAGUUGAUUACUGUGAGAGGAAAGAUGAGAAGGAGCCUGAUUUCUGUGAGGUCCCUGAGGAGUCUGCAGUCUUCACCGGUCAACGACUUAACAAAAAGAUGCAGGUGUACUCCGGUGCCAAGACUGUCUUCCUCCCAGCCAUGAUGAGCCUGCACCAGCAGUGUAUCCGCACACUGCAGAAUAACAUUAACUUGCUUUAUGAAACUGGCGGAGUCCCGUUUGAGAUCCUCGAGCCGGUGUUGGAGAGGUGUACACCCCAGCAGCUGCUACACAUAGAAGAAUGCAACCCAAUCUACAUUGGAGAGACGGAUCACUUAUGGGGGAAACAUUGUCAGAGGGACUUCAAAACCGCCAAACUUCAGGAGUAUGAAUCCUGGAAAGAGAUGUAUGUCAGGCUGUCUGAGGAGAGGGAGAGGAAACUAAAAAGACUGACAAAAAGCAUUGUCUCGGCACAUUCUACCAAACCCAAAGGUCGGCAGGUGAAGAUGGCAUUUAUUCACACUGUUGCUAAGCCACCGAGAGAUGUGCGAAUUCAGCAGGAGAUUCAUGGAACUGCUACUCAGCCUCAACUCAGGUGCAGUGUCAAGGCUCCGGACAACCGACCAAAGCCGAGUUGUAAUGAGCCCAGCAGCAGCACCAGCAGCAGUUCAGGGGCCAGCAAUACACAAGAGCCUCGCAAAAAAACAAGAGUCGCUCCAAUGAUGGCAAAGUCUUUAAAGGCAUUUAGGAAUCAGCUUGGGCGCAGAUAAAUGCUCUUAUAUGAUCUGGAUAUUUACAGUGUGUGGCUGUGGGAAAACGCUCUCUGUCAUUCAUUAACUUUGAACAAUAGAAGGCCUGUUAUCACCUUAGAUUAUUAUGUGUUUGUCCAAAUGUAAAGGCAUUUUCCAUGUUUUUUUUCCCUAUGAACAUUUUCUUCACUAUUAAAGGCAGAAAGGAAAGAGCUAA